UAAAAACAUAUUUUUUUUAUUCCAAACUUGUACAUGUUGAACUUUGGAAUAAUUAUGUAUGUAAUAACCACGAAUAAUUAUGUAGAUAUGUAGAUUACUGUCAUUACAUAUUUAGUUAAAUAUAAUUUAGUAAUUUUCGAAAAAGUCAUUCAAAUGGAUAAGAAACCCUCCGCUCCACGGGCCCCAUCCCUGUUCAAGGCUAAAACGAAAUCCGCCCUGGCCAACCUCACCCACCAACAAGCACAAGAACAACAAAGUCCUUCCUCCACAGCCGCCACGGUGUCAUCUUUCCAAGCAAAAAUCCAAUCUCAGCAGGAAAAAGCGACCAUGAUAAAUGCCGAGGCGCAGAAACUCUCUCAACGACAGAAAGAUGUUUCAGAUCGGAUUAAGAAUAAAAACCAACAACCAUCUUUAUCACAAACUAAUAACGAACAAACGACGACGACGACCCAAAAAUCUGGGAGUAGUCAACACCUUCAAACGACCCCGUCCAACACGCUCAUUCUUCCAUCGUCACAGGAUGAGAAAGAACUAGGUCGAGGAAGUUCUAGUUCCUCGACGGGCAGUAACAAUUCCGCAAUCACGAAAGAAUUUGAAGAAGCCUUUGUCCUCCUGAGUUUAGCGGACGCUCAAAAUGCAUCCUCGGGAAAAGAUCUUCUUCCAAUCUACCAGGCGAGAUUGGUCCAAGUCCAGGUGGCGUUGAUUAUCUGCACGCUUAUCUUGGCAGCUUUGGCUGCCUUCGUGCAGUAUAUUUAUUUCGUACUUCCGUGGUAUUUGGCGGCGAGGGUCCACAUCGCUCACGCCGUCUUGAUGCCUACAGGAUCUGAAGCAAUUUACCAAUUUUGGAUCAUUUUCGUUGUAGGGCUAAUCCUAUUAUUUGUUGGGAACGCGCUAGUCCAGUAUCCGAGGACGGUGAUGUGGAAAAUUCUGGGCGAGUGGCGGUGGCUGUUUCCUUUCGCCCUCUGCUUCUACCUCAUUUCUACCGUGCUUUACUAUUCCACGCAGACUGAACUUAUCAGUGAAGCUGUGACUAAAAUCAUGGAGGACGAUUUCAAAAGUGGAAAGACUGAACCAUUGCAAUUAAUGCAGCUUUAUCACGUAUGUUGCGGCCUUACGGGUCCGGAUGAUUGGACCCUUUACGCUUACAAUGAAACCCACUCUAACGCUUGGCACGGUAACCUUUGCAAUAAGACAAACCGAAUGCAGGCAGAUUUUGGAAAUCCUGACGAUAACGUGGCAUCCUGCCUCGUCCCAAGUAGCUGUUGGUUCUUGCCAAACGAAUUCCCUGAUUUUCGAAAUGCCCGCAUGGUCCGUCAAACCGGCUGUGUCAAUUGGGAGGUUCGCUUUACUACUUCAAUUGUCUUUGCGUGGAUAGGAAUUUUGGCCGUCUAUGUCAGCGCGUAUGUCAUCACGUUCUCUUAUCUCUUCUUCAUAAUCCUCAUCGCAUUUCGCAACAAUAUCAUUUUGAAACCCGAGUUCAAGUAUGAGCAGUGUCUGCAUUAUUAACCAAUUGAAUUUAUUCAUAAAUAAAUAUUAUCAGGAAGGUACAUACAUCCAUAGAAUCACAUCUUAUUGUUAUUAGGUCCAAAUAUCUUUACAACGGCCCACGUAGCGACUGCAAUCCCUCCCAGAAUCAGGCACCCUUUCAACUUGUCGUUCUCCUGUCGUACGAUGAUCAACUUCUUUUUCAACUCGUCCAUCUUUCC